GCGACGACACCGUUCGUGUUUCGUCUGGGCUUCAGCUUUUUUGGGGCGGUGAUUUCAGAAAACGAAACAAAAUUCAACUACAAAAGUGAGAAAAGUUGUUUCCUUAUAGCGAAGUUCCCUUUUACGGAACCAAAACGCAUCAUGGCAAAUCGUCGCGUCUUUGCGGCUGUGAAGCUCUACAAGCCGACGCAAUGCUUGCAAAUACGGUCAUUUGCGCCUUCGACUCUACGGCUAGAAAAGGACUCCAAGGAAUCUGCACACCCACGGAAAAACCUCGGCAUCCAUCCCAGCGAGCUCGAGCAGCUUCUCGCAGAGCCCACCUGGUCCGUCGAGUCCCUCCUCCCACCAAAGACCCGUGCUCCCGAUGCCCCGCAAGUCACUUCGCAGCAGCUACACCACCUACUACGACUAUCAGCUCUCCCGCCCCCGGGGACGCCAGAGCAAGAGAAGAAGAUGCUAGAUACGCUAGCAGCACAACUAUACUUUGUAGGCAAGAUACAAGAAGUGGACACUACUGGUAUAAAGCCUCUCCGGGCUAUACGCGACGAAACUGCGGCUGCGGAAGAAGAACAAAAAAUUACAUUGGAGACGCUCAAGGAUGCAUUGGCCAAAGAGAAGGUUGUGGGACGUCAUCACAAGCGCAUACAGCGUGACAAUACACCUGUCAAUGCGAAAGACGUCGAGGACUGGGAUGUGCUAGGCUCAGCCGAGCGGAAGUCCGGCAAAUACUUUGUUGUCGAAAGCGAACGCCCACAGGAAUGAGUCGCUCAGCAUUGGCUCUCACCAAGAUCGAAAGGCAUGCGCUAGCGCUAUCGAUUUGCACAGAUCCCAUACUACAAUGGCUACUCAAAUUGCCUAGCUAUGUCCAGAACGACGAUUCAAACACCAAACGCCUCAUAAUAUUUGCAAAAUCAUAGUAUCCGUAAAAUCCGACAA